AUGGCUGAGAUUGCUACUGAAGAGUCUGAAGCAGGGAGGUCAAAGUCACUGGAAGGGGUUUCUACUGGGCAGCAGCAGCAGUGCCAGCCUUGGGAAGCAUUGGCGGAAUGGAGGUCUUCUGAGCAGCUGGAAAAUGGGAUCCCAUCAACCUCGUCCCCUUACUGGGAUAGCAGCGAUGAUGGACAAAGUCAAGAUCCUCCAUACCGUCACUCAGAAGAGGGAAAAGAAAAUAAAGAUGAAAAGGACCAAAACCUUCUGAAUUAUAUGGAAUGUAUACAUGGAAAAUUGAUAAGUUUUCACAAAUUAACAAAAGAGAACUUCGGAGUGAUGCAUUUGAGGUUGGUGGCUACAAAUGAAUAUUUUUCUAGUUGGUUUAAGGUUGAAGAUGGUAGCUCUGCUGCAUCCUUCAUGGCUACAUAG